AUGGCGUCGUAUUUCAUGCCGUCGUUCUUUCAGAAGCGGCUUCUCAAAUACGUUUUGUCUCGCGUGGGCCUCGUCGAGACGGAUGCCUUGGACUUGGACAACCUAGGAAUCAGCUGGGGCCAGCGGUCUGUGGUGGAACUGAAAGAUAUUGGCUUGAAGUUAGAUAAACUAUCAACCCUUUUGAGCCUACCGGCUUCAUGCGAACUGCUUAGCGCCCGCGUACGCCUCCUUCGAAUCACCCUCCCGGCCGAUUUCCAUAGCAGCGGGAUCGUUUGCGAAGCAGACGGUAUCGACGUCCACACUCGAUUAUUGCCAGACGAGCCCAAAACGUCGAAGCAUGGGAAACGAAAUGAUAGGAAUUUUGAAUCCUCGACAGUUCCCACACCGUCGGGUCUAGCGGAGUCGUUCCUUGAAUCAGAGCCGAAAGAAGAAAGGGAAGAGCUGCAGGCCGCGAUAUCCUCACAAUCCGGGGUUCUGCCGGCCGAUCCGUUAGCCUGGAAUGAAGAUGACAACGAGCUUGGCCUUGGGAGCGAGUCUCUAUCUCUCCCUAGCUUUGUGGCUGGAUUCCUGAAGGGCGUUAUCGAUCGGUUGCAACUCCAGAUCAAGAAUGUGGCCGUGCGCGUGGAUAUGGAAUUAAAGCAAGAUGGUCCAUCAAAACGACAACCAGAGAAUAAACCUGACUUGGUCGCCGGCUUGUUGAGUAUUGGGGGAGUCGAAGUACACGGGGUAGCUGGAGCCACCGCGGAACCUGGGGAGGGACCGCCCCUCCGAGAAGGAAAACGACUCAUCGCGAUUACCGAUGUAAAUAUCGGCUUGGUCUCAGAUCACACGGUUUUCUCGAACUACUCUCGAUUUGCCGCCCCUGCGUCGCCUACAACGACGAUGCGAUCAAGAGGAAGCCAACCCUCGAGCAGGGCAGCUUCACCUUCUCCAUUACAUCGCUCUGUCCUCUCUGGCCCUUAUAAUCGUUCUGAUCGGUCAGAUUAUUCUGACCAGUAUGAACAAGAUCCGCUUGCCAUGACCCAAUCCACAAUAUUAGAGCCACCCCGAGGAUCUAUCCACUCAAGCCCAACCGCUGGUGGCUUGGAGAAAUCUGCCUUUUCCCAUGAUGGCCGAUUCUCAGAUGCGGACUCCGAGGCUGAUACCCAUCGUGAAUACAUGGAAGACUCUCAGAUCUUUGGCGACGAUCCAUUCCAAGACAACCCAGGGUACUUGGAUUCUGUCAUUGACGCUCAGUUCGAUGAUUUCGAUGAGCAUUCGCCGGUUAUACAGCCACGGCACCCUGAUUUAAUAGAAAGUGGAUGGAGAAGUCCUCACCAGUCAGGUCAGGAGAGCUUGACCCAAAGUCAAGUUGACCACGUCAAGGAACCCUCACUCCCCACAAGCCUCCAUGGCUCCUACAACCCCGAAACACAUCAAUCUCACAUUGGCACAGAAGUCGGCCAGACCACACAACAUGCUAAAUACCCUGACAGCCAUGAUGAAAAUGAAGAUAGCAGAAAGCUUCAAACCAGUGUCUCAUCACAUUCCUCCUCGCCGCUAGCGCCUGAUAGCCCGGAUUCAAAAGAAAUCGCGCACUCUGGUCUAAUAGAGUCAAAGUACUUCUCCCAUGAUGAGGCACAAAGUCUGUAUAUGAGUGCUAUCAGUCAAGAACCGACUGCCAGCUUCAUGCCAAACAUGCCAGGAGCAUGGGACACAUUUGACGGCGGUUCCCAUUCCAAAAGCUCCCUCGAUGACCGCCCCACAAGCGCAGUAUCUGAUGGCGAGGAACAUCUCCCUCAAUCCCAAGGUAACGCUCCGUAUGAACAGGAGACUAUUCCAAAGGCCACAGAACCACCGGGUGAACCCUUUGUCGAGAAGCAGGGCUUGGCCGACCAGGCCCACUCUCACUCUUCGCUCAAAGACCGACCAUCAACUCCGUCUAAUUCUGACCUUCUUGGAAACGAUGAAAUCAGAAAGCCUGUGUUGGCAGUUGCAAAGGUAUUGCUCUGGGUCUCACCACCAGCUUUGGGGAAUGAAGCCACCACAGAGCACUCAUCAGCUGAGCAAGAAAAGCACGACGUUGACCUCAAAGAAUCAACGGCCGACCUUGGGGAUUCUGUCUACGACGAGAGUUUGAUGGCCUCCAAGGCAUAUGCAUCAACUAAGUUCGGAAGAGCGAUCGCUGAACCACAAAAUAGGGCGAGUAGUGGCCCACAACCACCCGAGAUUGCCGUAGAAGUCUUCGGAGCUUCAGUCCACUUCGAUAUCGCCACUGGCUGGCUUUUGACCAAGGUUGGACAGAGGGCUUUGCAUGCGUUUGGCGCGGCUGAAAAAGACCCGUCAGAACAGAAACCACAAAAUGAUGAACCUAGUUCCCAACCGCCCGUUCAUCUUCUUGUUCAUGAACUUUCAGUCAAGUUCGUCGAGCAUGUCCCAGGACAUGCCCAUUCCUCCAAGCACACGGAUCCCCCGAUGUCGCCUCCAUACAGCAUGGAAGACGUAGUUCUCCGCCUCACAGUCUCUGGAUUGAAUGCUCGCCUUUCGACGCAAAGCUCAACCACCAAGCUGAACCUAGAUAUCUCCAAGUUCACCUUCGGGUUCGCAUCAGAAGAUCUCAUAUCAUUCAAUGAGACAUUCAAAAUGCGCGAAUCCACCCGCGAUGUAGGAAAUCCUUCCAAGGGCGACAUAUCUGUUGCCAUGGUCAAAUCGGCAGAACUGGCAAAGGUUGAUAUUUCUACACUGCCUCUGCAUGUUAACCUCAAUAUCCAACGCCUGGAAGAGGUCCUAGGUUGGAUGGGUGGCCUGAGCACCAUUCUCGAGCUUGGGAGCUCAAUGUCCUCCGUGUCCACUGUCAGAGGCGCCAUGCCUCCCCAAAAGCGUCCCCGAGGUGUGCAUUUCGAAACGCCUAGCCCAGCUCCUCAGUCCAAUACCAAGUCAACGAUGUGGAAAGUGAAUGCUCGAAUUGGCACUAUUCUUUUGGACGUCAUAGGAGAAACACAUUGUCUCCAGCUCACCACAACUGCGGUCAAAGUCGUGAGUAGAUUUGAAGGCAUUGGCGUUCAAGUGGACAAGGCGAAAUUGAUUGGGCCGUUCUUACUGGAUGACGACUCAGCUGAUGCUCCUGCGAAGAUCACGUUGGACAACAUUCGUCUUGAGUUCCUAUUUGCUCCCAAAGAGGUCGAUCUUGACCGUCUCUUGACGCUGAUCACUCCCUCUCAAGAUAAGUAUGAAGAGGAAGAUGAGAUCAUGCUGGACACAUUGCUUCGACAGCGAAGACAAGGGUCUGUUCUUCGCGUCACUGUAUCGGGGGUGAAGACAUUGGUUUCGAACAUCGAAGGAUUGGAGCCACUUUCGUCUCUUGGAGUCGAGCUAAGUCGCCUGUCCAACGUCACCAAAUAUCUACCGGAAGACGACCGCCCUGGUAUCCUCACGCUGUUUCUUGUCCACAGCCUCGAAGGACACAUUCACAUUGGAGGAACAAUUGGGGACAUUGGGACCAAUAUCACCGAUUUCGAAAUCGCACAUAUCACCAUGCCCUCGCUCACGGCGGCUCAAAUCAGAGACAUAUCUGUCCAUCGGAAUAGCGAUGAAAAAUUGGUGGGACAGGCCUUAUGGCCAUCGGACACAUACCAAGAUUCAGACGAGUCAAGUCCACCUGUGUUGAUGGCUAGGUUCAUACCCGAUGAAAUGGACCCAACCUACAGGAUCAAGUUGCACAAUCUUCUUUUCGAAUACAAGGUUCCGGCAAUUGCAGCUUUCCUCGGAAUAGGUGCUAACACGACAAGCGCGGACGUCGCCUCUAACAUGGCUAGCUCCAUUGCGAAUCUUGCAGAACAUUCCCUGCCAUCGGAGUUGUCGACAAGUUCACCAAGGAAGUCUGAUUCACCCAACCCGAAGCCAACCAACCUGGCUGUUGUAUUCAAAGACUGUGUCGUUGGCCUCAACCCUCGCAAUUCUCCCGCAAAGGGGCUCGCGGUUCUUACAAAUGCCAAAUUUGCGGGUAGUCUUCAUGACGAUGAGUCUGCCGAAGCAUCGCUUGAUAUCAAGAAAGCGUCGUUGAUGGUAAUUGACGAUGUGUGUCACGAGGGCUCCGACAAUCUUCACCAGCGAGCCUCGACAGUCGAUCAAAGUAGCCAGGUCCAGGUCUACAUUGACCAGGGUUAUGUUCCCGUGUCUUCUGUAUCAUCAGCAACUGCCGGGGUUAAGUUGACCAAUGUUGCUGAGGAUGGGACAAAAUCACUCGAUGUCGAACUCAGAGACGACUUAUUGAUUCUUGAGACUUGUGCCGACUCAACACAAACACUGAUCAGCAUCAUGAACGGCCUUCAGCCUCCGACUCCUCCCAGCGUCAAUAUCAAGUACCGAACAGAAGUCAUGCCUCUCCAGGAUAUGUUUGCCUCGUUUACUGGCGAUGCCUUUGCAGCUAAUCCCGCUCUUUCCGCCGAUGACUUGUCGACUAUUGCCGAGGAGCCGUCUUUGGAAGAUCAAUUGACAGAGGAGCUGGAGUAUGUCAGCGACUUCUCCCCAAGGCAGGAUGGCCCUGGUCUUGGUGCUGGAGGACCUAGUAAUCUUCUGGAUAGCUUCCAUUCAGAAUACCAGGUCUCCUCCAGUCUUACAGAGCUAGACUUCCAAGAAGACCAUUUUGCGAAGAAAUCCGCGGUGGGUGGCACUGCUCACCGGUGGGAUUCUACGCAGAAUACCUACGGUCUCACCAACGACACGAAGCUCCAGCGAAGUCCUCUACGAGUGCGAGUGCGAGAUGUUCAUUUCAUUUGGAAUCUCUUUGACGGAUACGACUGGCAGCGGACACGGGACACGAUUUCCAAGGCUGUCAAAGAAGUGGAAACUAAGGCCACCGAGCGACGCGCCAGGGGCUCUAGGUUAUCGUCAUCGGCCGAUGAUGAGGAGUCUGUAAUUGGGGAUUUCCUCUUCAACUCCAUCUACAUCGGCAUCCCAGCUAACAAGGAUCCACGGGAACUUCACCGUGAGAUCAAUAAUGACAUUGACGAUCUAACCAGUGAGACUGGAAGCUAUGCGACGUCUACGACGGUGACAGGAGCCGGAAGUCGCCAGGGACGACCUUCUUCUAAGAGAGAGAAGAAGCUGCGUCUGCACCGCAGCAAACAGCACAAGAUGACAUUUGAAUUGAAGGGCGUCUGCGCUGAUCUGGUUCUUUUCCCGCCUGGCUCAGAAGAGACGCAGAGCUCGUUGGACGUUCGUGUCAGGGAUUUGGAGAUCUACGACCACGUGCCGACGUCGACAUGGAAGAAAUUUGCCACGUACAUGCACGAGGCGGGAGAGAAGGAAAGUGGCACGAGCAUGAUCCACCUCGAGAUUCUGACCGUAAAGCCCGUGCCUGAGCUAGCUGCGUCCGAAAUUGUCCUGAAGGCCACCGUGCUCCCCAUCCGGUUGCAUGUCGACCAAGAUGCGCUAGACUUCAUGAGCCGUUUCUUCGAAUUCCGAGACGAGUCCGCCGAACCAUCUACUACCCCCGGCGACAUCCCAUUCUUACAGCGGGUGGAGGUCAACGCCGUCCAGGUCAAGCUAGACUUCAAACCCAAACGAGUAGACUACGCGGGCCUCCGCUCUGGCCGGACCACCGAGUUCAUGAACUUCUUCGUUCUCGACGGUGCAGACAUGGUGCUCCGCCAUGUGAUCAUCUACGGCGUGUCUGGCUUCGAUCGAUUGGGCCAAACACUCAACGAUAUUUGGAUGCCAGAUGUCAAGAAGAACCAACUCCCCGGCGUGCUGGCCGGCCUGGCGCCAAUCCGGUCACUCGUGAAUGUGGGCGGAGGCGUCCGCGAUCUUGUGGUCGUGCCGAUGCGCGAAUACCAAAAGGACGGACGGAUCGUGCGCAGCAUCCAGAAAGGCGCUGUCGCAUUUGCCAAAACCACCUCCAACGAGCUUGUCAAGCUUGGGGCGAAACUCGCGAUUGGGACACAGACCGUCCUUCAGGGCGCAGAGGACCUGCUGACGACGCCGGCUCAGGAGGAGGACGAAGAAGAAGCCAAGAAGAUCUCACUCUACGCCGAUCAGCCGGUUGGUGUGGUGCAGGGUCUCCGGGGCGCGUAUAGUGGCCUCGAGCGCGAUCUGUUGUUGGCGCGUGAUGCCAUUGUCGCGGUGCCGGGCGAGGUGGUUGAGAGUGGAAGUGCCAAGGCUGCUGCGAAGGCUGUCUGGAAGAGGGCGCCGACCGUUAUCCUCCGGCCGGCUAUCGGUGUUUCCAAGGCCGUGGGACAGACUCUGCUAGGGGCGGGGAAUACCCUGGACCCGAGCAAUCGCCGCAAGAUGGAAGAUAAGUAUAAGCGAUAUUAG